CAUGAAUGGUGUCUCGUCUCGUCUAGGAAACCUGCGCGUGUGCCAGAGCUCCCUUUCUUUGGCACACCACAUCCCUCGGAAAGGACGAGUCUUCUGGACAGCGUGCACAAGCACUCCUCUAGAAGAUGUGUAUGUUGAUCAAUUUACAGGAAAGAGUUUUCGUUGCACACAGUGCGGCAAGUGCUGCACGGGAGCUGGGGAGGUUUGGAUUGACGAGGCGGAUGUGCAGAGACUAGCCAGAAAAGUCCACAUUCAGAGAGAGCUCUUUCUUUCGCGGUAUGUGAAAAGCUACAGUCGAAAACCUGGAUACUGGCUCUUACGUAACACCAAUGGCACGCAGGACUGCAUCUUCCUGCGAGGCACAGAAUGCAUUGUGAAUGAUGCAAAGCCCCUCCAAUGCCGGACGUACCCCUUCUGGCCGGAGUUGAUGGAUCCUGAGGCCUGGCAAGCAGAACGCUUGGACAUGUGCGAAGGACUUGAUCAUCCGGAGGCCUGUGAGCUGGACGUGGAGCAAGCAGCAUUGCAAUUGAAGGCUUCGACAGAAUUUUUUGCCCGAAGGGAUGGUUUGCAGUGAGGCUGGACUUUGCUGCUUGUCAUCUACAGCAAGUCCUCAAGGGUGCUUGGACGUAGAACAAAAUGCGGCCAGAUACAUAUUCUGCUUGGCAUCUGUGCCAAAACCAAGUCCUUCAAUUGAAAUUUGCAGAUAAGCCUAGACCCAUGCAAUGAUCAGUCAUUUAAUUAUUCCAGGUACUUCCAGGGCAGCUUUGGGUCCGCUUGCAUGAUUAGAGAUGUCAAUAAAAUCUACAUGAUUGGUGGC